GAACAGUAGAGAUUGUCCACCCGAGCUAAGUGCAAAUUAAUUAAUAGCUAUAAGAUAGCUACACGAACUAACUCACGUUUAGGUUCAACGAUCGCUGAAUUUCGUUGAUCACCAAAAUUAUUGCCUGAUUAUACCAGCUCUAUAUAUACUGGAGAUUUGGACUACGCCGUUUCAUUUUUGUCAGUUUUGUGUCUUAUAUCUUAGUGAUACUUUCCAAAUGAGUUCGAUAGUAUUAACCGUGUUUUUGGCCAUGUUUUACACUAUCCAGGCUAUUCCUGUUGUUUUAAAAGGUUCAUCGCCCUCUGGCAAUGCGGUGGUUUCUAUAUCGUCCAAUGACCCUGUUGUAGUGCGAUACUUCACUAGUAAUUUCCCUGCUAAGUCCGUCAAACAAGAGACAGUGAUUACUCGAAGUCCAGGCGGAAUCGAGUCGAGAAGCUUCAGCAUCUCUGCACCAGGUCAGGCCGCCGCCGGUUCCGGACGCAAUUUCGUGUCCGCAUCAGCGUUAACAGCCCCAGGUCAAACUGCCGCCAGUUCUGGACGCAGCUUCGUCUCCACAUCGUCAUUAUCUGCGCCAAGUCGGGCCACUACUUCUGGUCGCAGUUUCGUCUCCACAUCAGCGUUAUCUGCACCAAGUCAAUCCGCCGCUGGUUCUGGACGCAGCUUCGUCUCCACAUCGUCAUUAUCUGUGCCAAGUCGGGCCACUACUUCUGGACGCAAGUUCGUCUCCACAUCAGCAGUAUCAGCUCCAGGUCAGGCCGCCUCCAGUUCUGGACGCAGUUUCGUUUCAACGUCAGCUUUCAACCCAUUUUUGACCCCUUUAUUCUUCAAUCCCAUAAACUUUGAAGGACUCGGUUUCGGAAAUUUUGAACCAAUGAAUCUAUUUAAAGGUUUCGAAAGUUUCCCUGAUGCCAGAUUCUCUGGACCGGGGACAAUCAGCGCUGUGUCAGCUGUCAACGACAACGGCCGUGUCUAUGGCAAUGUUAAAACUAUCAAGUAUAAUAGUAGACCUAAGACUAAUUAAAAUGUAAUGUGGUUAAUUGAUACAGGGUAAUAAAUAAGUAUGUAAGUUUCA